AUGAUGGGUCUCAAAGAUUCAGAUCCUAAUUGCUCUCAUGUGAGCCCAUCUAUUGUCCUAAUCGGCUCACGUGGGUGUGGCAAGAGGACAUUGGCAUUUAUUGGAGCUCUCCACUUGGGUAAAAGGCUUCUGAUCGCAGACCGGUUCUUCGAGAACCUGACCGGUCUGUCCCGGAUUGAAUAUCUUCAAAAAUAUGGGGAAAGAGCUUUACAGCAACAAACCGUGAGAUCAGCUCUCACGAUGCUUCAGGAGAAUCAAACGGACUGUGUCAUUGAGUGCGGAAUCAGCAGCCUCGGUACCGAAGUCCAGAAAUUUCUCGCGGAAUACAAGAAGUCUCACCCGGUCAUUUACAUACUACGUGAACCUGAUGAGAUUAAGAAUCUUUUGCGGCUGUCUGAAGCAGAUUCGAACCGUUUGAGGGCGGAAGAUUCAAAGCAUCGCGUUUGCGCGAACUACGAAUAUUACAAUGUCUAUGAUUCCGCGUCUCGGUCGAAUGAAUCUGACAUGGGACUUUCAUAUUCUGCGUAUCACCUUAACGACGCAAAGCUUGACUUUUGCCACUUCAUGAAUCUCAUUGUUGGCCCCGGCAUGGAGGCGAUGUCAAAUGCUGCAUGGCCCUCCGACGUCACAUUUGGCUCGGUAGAGAAACGACAAUACAGCUACGCGCCUGCUCUGAGACUUUCAGAGCUCAGUGAUAGCGUCUUUGAGGCGGCUUUGCUUGGGGCGGGGCUGGAUGCCAUUCGACUGAUUGUCGAUAUGAAAGAAGAAUAUUCUCUUGACUCAAUAACAAAUCAUAUAGCUUUGCUUCGACGUGCAGCUCAAGUACCCAUUGUUUAUGAAGUCCUUCGCCCGAGAGAUGAUUCAUCAGAAACCAACCUCACUACGGAUAGCGACUACCUACAGCUCCUCUCUCACGGCAUUCGAAACUGCGCUGAGUAUAUUAUGAUCGAUCUAAAUCUUCCAGAGGCGACCCUAAGAGAUUUCAUAUCGCUGAAAACACAUACGAAAAUUAUCGGUAGCCAUCACGAUGAUAGCCCCGGUAUGAACGGGUGGCGAAGUGAAACUCGAUAUGAGAUGUAUCAAAGGGCUCAGAAUUUGGGAUGUCAUCUUGUCCAGUUGACUCAAGCCGCGGUGAGACACAAAGAUAACGAUGAUCUCAUUGGUUUUACCUCCUCACUCUCUCUAUCUCGAGAAGUCCAUUUGCCUCUGAUUGCCUAUAACACCGGGCCAUUGGGACGAAGCUCCUUGGUCUUCAACAAAAUUUUGACGCCAGUGCGACCUGCGGUAUUACAUGACACCAGAAUGGAGGACUACAUCACGGCGCAGGAAGCAAUCAAAGGACUAUUCGCGACCUUCAUUUUCGAUUCGCUGAAAUUUUAUCACAUUGGAGCGUCUGUUUCAUGGAGUCCUUAUCCACCUGCUAUGCACAAGGUCGCUUAUCACGCACUUGGUCUUCAGCAUUCAUACCAAGUCUUUGAGACCGCAUCUCUUGAAACUCUCGACGAAAUCGCCCGUGCUCCCGAAUUUGGUGGUGCAAGUAUAAGCUUACCAUUCAAAGCUAGUAUUCUGGCUUCCAUCGACUUCAAAAGCACCCACGCCACGGCUAUUGGAGCUAUAAAUACUCUUCUUCCUAUAAGAGAUCCAUUGGAAGUGCAAUCUGGCAUUCUUGAAUAUCAAGCCUCCCAAAGAAACCAGGCGGGCCCGGUCAUUGGCUGGUAUGGCGAUAAUACUGACUGGCUAGGUAUACUUGAAUGUGUACAAAGAAACCUGUCUCCGAGAAACACUAUCCGGUCUUCCAAAACAACUGCGCUUGUGAUAGGGGCCGGUGGAGCUGCCCGAGCUGCUGUGUACGCGCUAAUUCAGAUGGGCUGCCGGAAAAUUGCAAUCUUCAAUCGUACAUUCGAGCAUGCAGAGCAAGUUGCCACCCAUUUCAACGCAUGGGUGGAUCACAAUUUCGGUAUCGCUGAUGCUAUCACUGUGAUUCAAUCUAUCAGCGAAGACUGGCCUGCUCGCUUGCAACCGGCGACAAUAAUCGUAUCCUGCAUUCCGGCGCACGGAAUAGGUGAAAAUCGUCCAGCAGAUCUUACUCUUCCGGGUAAUUGGCUGCGAAGCAAAUCUGGGGGCGUUGUUGCUGAUCUUGCGUACCGACCACUCGAAACCCCUCUGCUUAAACAGAUUCGAAAGCUCAGGGCCGGAUCUAGUAUCCCUUGGAACACUGUGGACGGUCUAGAGAUGCUGGCAAUUCAAGCAAUGCAUCAAUUCGAGUUAAUGACAGGGAAAAAGGCACCGCGGGCGGUCAUGAAGAGCCAAGUGUAUGGUCAAUAG